AUGGCUUCGUUUGCUGCACCACAGGCUCCUCCCAAGUGGAAUCACACCCCGGAAGAAAUGCUGAGUAUCACCAAGCGGGCACUUGCGCAGAAUAAGGCGGUCAGUGACAAAGUCGCGGCUCUCCCUGAGGCUGAAUGCAACUUCGAGACAGUUUUUGUGAGUGAUGUUGCGAUCAAUUGUCAUCGCAUUCUCAGACAAGCUUCCGACGUUAGAAGCCCUUAUCAUCUGCGAGCCCCUCGGAUUCUACCAGAACGUCUCCACUCCAAAGAACUUCGAGAUGCUUUGAACCAAGCAAAAGUCCUCCAGCGCAAGUUCAAUGUUGAGGAGUCCAUGCGUCUUGACGUGUUCAAAGCCAAGGCUGCUGCAGAGAAGAAUCUGCGUGAAUCAGGUGCAUGGGAGAAGCUGAGUGACAAGUGGCGGGGGCUCAUGGAGAAGAUGGUGUUGGAUGGUAAGAGAGCUGGUGGGAGACAUUGGUUCGCGAUCCCGGCUUUGAUCUGA